AUGUCGCGCCGUGCUUUAGUCAUAGACUCCUCUAGCGACUCAGGCGAUCGUGCGCCCUCGGAAGCCGACUACGAGUCCGACGAGUCUCCCCUCAAUCAGCUGAUAGACCUGGAGGCCGUGGAAUCGGAUGAAAGUACUGACGAAUCCUCAUCCACUCUUGGACAUGAAUACGAUGAAAAUGACGAAGGUCAACCAGCACGAGUUUUCACGAAAUUUAACGACCUCCCGCCGGAGCUGCGACGCCACAUCUGGGAGGCGUUCUGCCCUGAGUUGGUAAGCCAGGCUCGGAUAAUAUGCCUCCGGAUACAAUGGCACCCAGCUCGACCAUGGCCCCCUCGCCAACCUUUCUGGAGAUUUGCGGACAGUAUGGAACUUUCAGACCAAACGGAGGCUCUGCGCACGGUCGCGGCUGUGAACCAAGAAUCACGCGGGAUUGUCCUCCGCCAGAACCCGGAUACGCUUCGUCUCAACGCCGGGUCGGGCGACGCAGAAGUUCGCUUCAAGAAAGACCGGGAUAUCGUCUAUUUCAACGACCUGGUCAUGAACGAGCCGUACGAGGCACCGUACGAUGCCGACUUUUGCAGCAAUAUUGUCCAUGCCGCGAUCGAAUUGGAUGGAUUGGGCGGGAACGUGACUCCUAGCUCGCCAGAGCAGUUCGAGAGUAUCAUGCACUUGCUGCGCGUUCUGCCGAACCUGGAGACAUUGUAUCUCAUCAGGCAGCAUUCUGUACUCAAAAAGAGGAGCAUACAGUGGUGUGGCUCUCGGAUGAUGCGGCAUGCCAGGGUAGAGACGUUUGAGGAGCAACCUGGCGUUGGGGAGGAUCUCGAGUGGGUGUAUUGCUGGCCGGAUCUUAACAAGUACUGGGAUGAAACGACACGCCAAAUCAUAGACGACUUCUCAAAUGAAGUAAGUCGUCGGCUGACAGAUUAUCUGUCGACACGUGGUGUGAAACUGGCGCCCAUGGUUUGCUUUGAGUUUGAGAAAGCAAUAGAAUAUUUCGAGGAAUUGGUAAAGAAGCAUGAUCUCGGCAUCUUUCCGUUGGACGUGGAGGAAGAGAGCUCAGACGAAGAGGACGAGGAAGAGCAAGAGUCCUCCGAAUACGAGAGCGAAGGCAUCGACGACAACGAGAUCAUUUCAAACGACUCAUCUUCGGAAGAUGAAUUAAUACCUAACCCAAUCUCUCCCGGUGGCUCGCCCGAUCCUGGAAAUUUCAGCUCAGCAGAAGAAGAUAGUGAUGCUGUUGUUGCUAGGUUCUCCAGUCCUGAACAAGAUGCUUCAGACGAUGAAGAAGAAGGGGGGCAUGUGGAGCUCGCGGUCAGGAUUCCAAAGCGUCGCAUUGUGAGCGAUUCAGAGGACGAAGACGUUGGGCCCAGUUCAAAAAGAGUUCGAACCCAGGCGGUUGUGGAUGUUUCCUCCGAUGAGGAAGACGAAGCUCCCCGAGGUGCUUCACAGCGCUCUCGUGCUGGUCGCGGGACACAAGUGAUCUCCUCAGAUUCAGAGUCUGGCUCUGAAAACGACGAUGCCCAAGAGGACCCUGAGGACGAUGAUUCACAGUCCGAAAGCGAGGACGACGAAGAGGACGACAAACCACCAGCUCGUCUAUCACUAGCAGAGAGGUUACAGCUCCACCGCCAGGAGAAUCCUGUUGGUUUAUCUGACGAGGACAAUAGCGAGAUGGGCAGCGAGGAGUAUGGCUCAUUUAUCGACGAUGAAGAGGAGGAUGGAUCUGGGGAUGGUCUUUUGGAUGAUAUGGCUGAGUUGUCCGAGGGUGAAGGUGAAGGGGAGGACGAUAGCGAGGACGGGUGGUAG